CUGGGGAUGGGGAGGAUGCACCGCCCGUGUGGGAGCCCCUGUUGCGGGUGUGAAACGUGAGGCGCUCUCUGCUUACGAGAGUGGAGCUGCUCGUGGGCUGGGGGUGCUGGGCUGGUCGCAGGCACGGCAGGGAACACACGGAACGCACCGAACAGGGCUUUGUUCUGUCCAAGAAGAGCCAGGAGGGGGUGAGAGCUGCUGCAGGACAUGGAACCGCACCCAGCAGAGCCUGCAGCACAAACCAUCCUGGGGAUGUUCGCAGCUGCUCCUGAAACCCCUCGCAGCAGCCACUUGGAGACCCUCAGCCUCCUUUCAGCACCUCCCCACGCUGCUGGGAAGCCGAGUUUGGGGGGAAAUCGCCAUCGAAGUGACCCCGUGGUGUCCUUUGUCAUGAGCCUGGACCUGUCCGUGGGCUCUGAAAGAAGGAUGUCCCUGACAUUUCGUCUGACAUCGUGUGUGACGCGAUGCUGUGGCUUGUCCCUCGGAUUCCCCGGCUCGACGAGUCCUUACUCAUCCCCUCGCUUGGAGGAGGGGUUUCAGGAGCCCCUGGCCGAGCCCCGUGAGGAUAUUUCCCGGCUGAUGGAGCAGCGGAGCGGGAGCUGUGGAUGACAGGGGCUGCCAGAGGCGUGCCCGAGCGGGGCCGGCUGCUCCCCCGCUGCAGCACAGCCCAGAGGCACCUGUACAACUCCGAGGCGUGUCAGGAAACCUGAUGCCUCACCUCUGCCAAUGUGGAGGCGGAGGGAGGAGGGCCCAAAGACAUGUCCCUUCACGCUCGCAACAGCUGAAAACAGAGAAGGAAACUUGCUAGCGCCUUUUUUACCAGCGCAGGAAGCGUCCCUGUCCCGCUCUCACCCCAGAAGCCCUCCCGUACUCCACUACUCUGGGGGGGUGGCUGUCCCACACCCGCCGGGCGAUGAACAUCGCAAGGAGAAGAGGCUUUUACAGACAGGAGGUGAACAACACGCUCUGGGAGCUGCCCAGGAGAUACACAUCCCUCCACCCGCUGGGCUCCGGGGCCUACGGCUCCGUGUGUUCAGCCAUAGACAAGAAGACAGGGGAGAAAGUGGCCAUCAAGAAGUUGUGCCGCCCUUUCCAGUCAGAGAUCUUUGCCAAGAGAGCCUACAGAGAGCUGAUGCUGUUGAAGCACAUGCAGCAUGAGAAUGUCAUUGGGCUGCUCGAUGUCUUCACCUCCUCUGCCUCCUACCACGGGUUCCAGGACUUCUACCUGGUGAUGCCAUACAUGCGGACAGAUUUACAAAAGAUCAUGGGACAUGAAUUCAGUGACGAAAAGAUCCAGUACCUGGUCUACCAAAUGCUGAAAGGGCUGAAGUACAUUCAUUCAGCUGGCAUCGUCCACAGGGACCUGAAGCCAAGUAACCUGGCUGUGAAUGAAGACUGCCAGCUGAAGAUCCUGGAUUUCGGCUUGGCCAGACAGGCUGAUGCUGAGAUGACUGGCUACGUGGUGACACGGUGGUACAGAGCCCCAGAAGUCAUCCUGAACUGGAUGCAUUACAACCAGACAGUGGAUAUCUGGUCUAUUGGCUGUAUCAUGGCAGAAAUGCUGACUGGAAAAACACUCUUUAAAGGAAGAGAUUACCUGGAUCAACUCACCCAGAUCCUGAAAGUAACAGGGCAUCCAGGAGAGGACUUCUUGGAGAAGCUGGAGGACAAAGCGGCCAAGAGUUAUAUCAAGUCCCUUCCUAAAAUCCCCAAGAAGGAUUUGUCUGUGCUUUUCCCAAAAGCAAAUCCUCAGGCUGUGGACCUGCUGGACAAGAUGUUGCAGCUGGAUGUGGAAAAGCGCCUCACAGCAACAGAGGCCUUGGCUCACCCCUACUUCGACCAGUUCCGAGAUAUUGAGGAGGAGACAGAGGCACAGCACUCCUAUGAUGAUUCUCUGGAACAUGAAAAGCUUUCAAUAGAGGAGUGGAAAAAGCAUAUUUACAAGGAGAUCUUGACCUUCAGUCCCAUUGCACGGAAGGACUCAAAGAAGAGAAGUGGGAUGUCAUUAUAGCGAUGGGUGCAGCUGUGGCUGGGACUCAGUUCUUGAUGACAUCAAAUUCAUUCCACACUGCAUUUCUGGUGGCCAACUUUUGGCCUCUGGGACCUCUCUCCAUGUGCCAACACAAGGAUGACACCGUGCUGUGGGCAUUGGACUUUGUUCUACUAAAGGGGAAGCACCCCAGACAGUUUUCAAUAUAAAAGACAAAUAUAUUCUUGUUGAAACUUUAAGUGGGAGAAUUUUACCUGGUGUUUCUUUUUUUUUGUCCCUGUAUUUGUCCACUUGAGAGAGGAGGGGUUUCAUUCUUUCUUGUUAGUCUUUUCAAGCACAAGGUUUGGUACAUUGAUUAUGGAUGAGGUAAAGGAAAAAGUAAAAUUGACUGGGAAGUGAGUCCUAAGCAAAAGGAUCAGAAAUACUGAAUUUCAGCAUAACAA